GCGCAGUUAUAAACCUGCUAGAGUUAGCAACAGGCAGACGAGCAAUAGCUACGGUCGUAGUACAGACGGAGACUGAUCUGCAAUGUGAAGCUAACUAGCUUGCUUCGUAGUAUACCACUCCGGUGAAUGAGGGUUCAAAGACGAACAAUAAGUGUUAAGGAGCAUAUACCCACAUGGGUGAUUGAAAGAUGAACUGACAUCCACACUCCAGUCGGGUAAUGCACUGUAAAGUUGGUUGCCACCCACCAUAUGAAGUCCAAAGAAGAAGAAAAAGGCUGAAGGAAGAAGAGAUGACGAGAAAUGAAUUUGGUUUAUUGUUUUAUCUGUGGAUUAAUUGUCGGAGUAGAGGACCUUGUGCAUUUCAGACGUUAACUGACACCGGCCAUAUUCAACAGGUGGUAUACACACGUAACAUUAGGUGGAAAAUCUUUACCAUUACUUGGGUGGCAAUUGGCAUUGAAUUCCCUUUGAGCUUUUGUUACUUGCGAGAAAACAUCAAUCUGCAUGGUGCUGUCUCUCUACUGGUGGGCCAGCCUUUCUUCUUGAAUGGGUGCCGGCCAAUGAGCUUCCUCCUGAGCAGGCGUCACUCCCUUUUCACCGGCUGCUGCAGUCAAUCCGCUUAUUCAGCACAGAGAGGAUAUGUGCUGUGUGUGCUCAGGCCUUUCCGCACUGCUAAAAGCCUACAACCUCCCUAUCUGCCUCCCACUUUACCCCAACAAACAUCCCAUGCCGCUGACCCUCCCAUCCCCCAUUCCCCCACAAGCCUCCACUUACACCCAUGCCACAGCUCUGUUAGUGAGUGAGCCAGUGGAGAAAGUUACACAAGUCUCUAUGUUGGUGUGUUUGCCAGGCACUCGGAAACAACCGCAGCACAAUCCUUUGGCCCGUCAGCCCUGCUGAGUCUGAUCCCAGGCCUCUUCUCAAGACAGCCUCAGCAUGGAAAGCCCAGUGAGGGCUGAGCCAGCUACCCCAACCCUGGCUCCCCCAGCUCCCCGAAACCAUACUCCUUCUCUAAGUCCCGGAGCUGAGGCCAAAGAGAAGAGGUCGGAGGUGAGCGAGGGAACAGCGGAUGAGUGUGAGGCAGUGGACACAGAGGAGGACCCUAUAUGUCUCUCGCUGUUAUCAAAGAUGACUGUGUUUGUGGAGGCGCCAGCAGAGGAUGCAUCAGAGAAGGCUGAGGAGGCUGCAGCCAAGGAGAGGGCUGAGAGAGCGGUUCAGAGGCAGCUCCUGGCCACAGAGGAGCUGAUCUACACCGAGAGGAACUACCUGAGACUCCUCCAGGUCUGCACCUGCACCAUCAGGAGCAACCUGCAGAAACUACAGCCUCCGCUGCCUAACCUGGACAGCAUGUUCCUGUACAUAGAGGAGGUGAUUGAUGUGUCGGGACGCCUCCUCAGUCUCCUGGACCAGAAGCAGGUCACGCCCCAUGAUCCUCUCUUCCUGGAGACCCUGUGUGACGCCUUCCUCAGUCUAUCAACAGACAUCGAGUCGGCUUACAAGGAGUACCUGUCCAACUACAACACCGUCACAGCGUUAGAGAACAGCUACAAACAGAAAGAAUCCCUGUGGACUGAGAUGGUGAAAGUCAUCAAGUCCUCAGCGCCAGAGGUGAAUGCUACCUCUCUGAGCUUCUUCCUGGUGAUGCCAGUCCAAAGGAUCGCUCGCUACCCUCUUCUCCUCCAGACCAUCAUGAAACAUACAGACCCUGGGCACCCGGCCUACUCUCUCCUGGAGCAGACUGCCCACGCCGCUGUAGCCGUCAACUGCAGGAUCAAUGAGUACAAACGCUUCCGAGAAGUUGCCGACAAAUACAAGAAGACUGAAACCUUGACGAUAAGGGAUAAGAUAAAUCGUCUGAAUAGCCACAGCAUCGCAAAGAAGACUGCCAGACUGAGUCAGUUCAUCAAGCAUGAGACAGGGAUUGCACCAAAGUUGGUUGAUGAGGAGUUUGAUGCCUUGGAGGGCUUUUUCUAUCUCCUUGAAAAUGGUAUCGCCGUCCUACAUGAAAAUGUGGAGACGUAUCUCAGCCAUCUGCAGAGAUUCCUCAGCUGUCGACCGGAGGAGUUUGACCUUGACAUGGACGGCGAGAAGCCUGCUAUAUGCUACAAGGAAAUCACAGCAGCAUUGAGACAAUGGAUACUUCCUACAUUUGAGAAGAGGAUGAGGACGUUGGUCCACAAGCCCCUCUGUGCCCUUCGAGAACUGCUGGUGGGGCCUCGUAACCUGAUCCGUAAGCGCCUGGACAAGCUGCUUGACUACGAACUGAUCGAAGAGAAGCCCAGUCUGAGCUACGAUGAGCAGGCGGUGGCAACCACCUAUAAGACCAUCAACACGUUGCUCCUCAACGAGCUGCCCCAGUUCAAUGGCCUGGCCCUCACCCUGCUCUGGGGCAUGCUGGGGGCCUUCAGCUGCCUGCACAAGGACCUGGCUGCAGACAUGGAGCAGCUCUUCCAGGGCUUUGCCCAACAGCUCCCUCACAGUUCCCUGGAGCCUAAUGCAUUCUGGGAGUGGGCAGAGUGUUCGGUGCUGGAGGGUGCGAGGAUGCUGGAGACUCUGUGUCGGAAUGUGGAGGACCAACUCAAUGCUCCCAUUGUCCAGCCUCUCAGCCCUGGGUCUCAGAAGUGUCUGAAGGUCCUGACAGACAAGCACGGCUCAGGCAAGAUCUACCAGCUGACGGGUCAUGUGGUGGGGACUAGAGACCUGGACCUGAGCCUGAACAGAGGAGAGCUGGUGGCCAUCAUCAGUGAGAUGGACACACGGGGGGACAGACGCCGCUGGCUGGUCGACGCAGGGGGUCCAAGAGGAUACGUCCCCUCCUCCAAACUGGUGCGGUACCACCAGGUAACCAUGGACCCUCCCCCGUCCCCUCAUCUGACAGUCACUACCAUGGAUUGUGCUGGAGGUGUCAGGCGACACUCCUACACCCCUGACGUCAGGCGACACUCCUUCUCCCCUGAUACACCCCAGCCCGUGAGGACUCUGUCGAUGACCAUGCCCUGCUUCCAGGUGUUUGCAGGCUAUGACUUCACGGCGAGGAGCAGUCACGAGGUCUCUCUGAGGGUGGGGGAACCAAUCAGAGUGCUGGAACCCCACGACAAGAGGGGUAGCCGCGACUGGAGCCUGGUGGAGGUGCGGGAACAGAGGGGGUAUGUUCCCUCCAACUACCUGGCAGUGGUGCCUACAUCUACGUCGCCCACCACCCCCUACCACUAGGGUUGCCCCGGACAACCAGCCAGUCCGUGCUAGACGCCACUCAACCAUCGCUGCCCACGCACCUCUGCUCAGCAGGAGAAGCACUCUCACUGAAGCCUACAUCUACAGGAGGGCGAGAAAGGUGUGUGUGUGUGUGUGUGUGUGUGUGUGUGUGUGAUGGAUUAGAUGACAGGUGUGUGUGUGUGUGUGAAGUGGUGCACCAGGCAUUUGCAUGUAGAGUGCUCCAAGCCCUUCGACUGCAGCACUUAUUAGAAGCAUGUAAGUGGGAGGCUGCUUCCAUCACCAGGAACUAGGGGUGAAAUGCUGCUUUCUCCUACAGAAAAUGACUGACUGGCAGGCAGGUAGCAAUGCCUCAGCACAGCACGAGGAUGAAGGAGAGCAGGCAGUCUGUGGCAAGGGAAUUGGUUCUUGUGAAUAUUUGACCUACCUGACAAAGCUUCUCCACUGAGCGGAUCUCUCGCUCAACUGGCGCUGGCAGUUAAACUGAUGGACAUAUGUACACGCCCCUGACUCCGUUUAUGUGAUGUACCGCUUGCACCGUCACCAGUGAAUCCGCCACUGACAUUGACAGCAAUGCAAUUUAUGCUCAGGCAAAAAUAGUUGUAUGAUUUCUAAGAAGAAAUGAGGUCGGCAUACUGAAACAUUAAUGCCAGAUUGAUCGAAUAAGAAAAGGGGGAAGAGUGGAUCAGAGAGGUCCUGUUCAAAUGGAUGAAGCGUAGCUAGUUUGAUUCCCCAUAUCAAAUGGCAGCAAACAUCUGUUAUUAAAGCAAUUGUAUCAUUCUGGUUGUUAUGGCUUUAAUAGCAUAGUACUUGUCGUGCUAACGGCGCCUUCUCAUUGGUCCAAAUGUCAGGGUAGAGUGAGAAGACAAGACGUUACAAUGCUGCUGCUGCUGCUGCUGUAUCUGGGCUGUCUGGUCUAGACGGAGGCAGAACUCUGUCUUCUCUGAGCUGGCCACAAGGGGGCAUACCUCACCAACUCUCACCUAACAGAUGGCUUUUGUAGGCUUUAGCUUCAUUAUCUUUAUUAUUCCCUCAGUCCGUAUUGAUGUUAAGCUUCUGGUGGAUGUUGCACAAUCUAAACAUGUUCAUAUCUUAACAGUGUUGUCGUGUAUAAUUAAUUUGACUGUCACGAUCUGCUUCAUAAUAUUAUCUAAUGAGAAUGUGUUUGCUCAGUAAGUCUACUGUCAGGGAUAAUCCAAUGUCGUGUUUAAAAAAAAAUAUAUAUAUAUAUAUAUUUAUUUACCCCUAGCAGGCAGAGCCGCACAUCAGGCUUUCAUGUGUUCUGAUGAAAUGAGCUAUGGAAGAUGAAAUGACUCAGUAUAGCCAAAAACAGUUUGAAAGGGAGCACAGCUCUGCUCUGUUGGUGCAGCAGUGUCAUUGUUAUGCUGAUUGCUGCAGAAUAGUCUGUGUGGCCUGGAUAAUACAGAAUUCAAGCUGGGUAUACAGCUUUUCAGAUAUUCACCUCCAUUUUACCAUGUUGGCUCAGGACAGGAUUUGUAUGCGGCUCUAAGAUGGUGCGGUUUCUGAAUUUUAGAUGCAUUUUAAGGAAAAGCCACAUAGACGGUGACCCAUUUUUUAGAAAGCUAUUAUAACAUAGCUUUCACUAAGAGAGCACCAGAAUGGAGGGUAAUCAAGUGUAAACGGACGUAAGGGCUUUUAGGGUUGUACUUAACCAAACAAUGCUACUGUGUGGCGCGUGCUAUCCUCCAUAUGACAUCUAAAUGUGUGUGGCGUAUUACGCAUUUGUGGUUGUCACCUUGAUGCUAAGGACUGGUUGUCAAUAGGGAUUUGAUGCAGUGACUCCCUGCAGCUACCGCUAUCCCUAGCAUGACAGAACCCUACGCAGCUCUAAAAAUACACUUUCUCUCAUUCAAUGGUUCUAUAAAUAGACUACUGUCAUUAUAGGAUCCCCUGUUGGACCCUUGGCCUCCCCCUGCUGGCUACUGUGGAAACACGUUUUUCCCUUCCUUCCUCUGGGUGGUAAAUCCCAUAACAGCGACUGUUAUACCACCUCCCUGCAAGGCUCCAGGGCUGCUCUUGGCUUAAAAUCCAUAGGGGAGUAUACAGACAACAAUUAGGUUGGUUGUUGUCUCUGUCUUUUGAGAAUUGGGCUCCUGACUAGGAGGGUAAAUCCAGUGCUUUUGCAGGCAGGGCUGAGACGAGGCGUCCAUGCUUCUGUCAGCCUCCAGUCAGAGUGUGGAUCAGCUGCUCCACUGUAACACUGUCUGUUUAUCUGGCUGCUGGGCUGAAAUGAUUGUCCACUUUUAGGGGGUCACUGUGGCAGUCAAGGGAAAGUGCAUCUGGGUGCUGGGGGGGGGGGGGGUAUUUUUUUCCUGAGUCUCUCUCUGCCACCUCCCCUGACUUGUGAGGAAGUGUUGAAGCGCAGUGUGUAACGGGGGCUGAUCCGUCGCACUGGGCUUGGCCACAGAAAUAGCAGCAGUGGGCUUGUCCUGGUUGUUUUAAGCCAGGGCUGUAUUUGGUAACUGUCUGGCACCCGCCCCUGAUGCCUUAGCUUUGGCUUCUUUUAGGCCCUGUCUCUGGCAAAACCAAUUUAGUUUUAACAAUGGUUCAUCCCCUCUGCUGCUGGACUAGAAUGGGACGUUUUCCCUUGGCUUGUAGCUAAUGACUGGGGGUUUAGAAGAUAGUGGUGAGACUGAGGCGUGGACGGUGCAAGGCAAGGCAGGGAGGCAUGUGACGCUCUGCAGCCAUGCAGCAAAACUCUCCUGAGGCUCCCCUUGGGGAGCUGAGGAUGGAGCCACUGACAUGGCCCAAUCGCCAUGUGUGUCAGUGAGAGCGUGUGAGUGAGCCACGGCAGUCAAGCUUAACAGAUCUCCUUGUCGUCAGGAGGAUUGACUUGGCUGUUCCUAAUUCCAGGACAUCGGCUGUUUUCUGCUUUCUCCUUCAUGCUUCUAGCCCUUCUUUGAAUAAGACAUACAGAGAGACAGAAGACCGAUACACAGUGCAUUCGGAAUUCAUGUUUCCCUUCAACUGGAUAUCAUUCCAUUUAUAAUUCUCCCACACGCUGACUUGAAACUGCAUUCUAUAUUUAUUUUACCUUUUAUUUAACUAGGCAAGUCAGUUAAGAACACAUUCUUAUUUUCAAUGACGGCCUAGGAACAGUGCCUGUUCAGGGGCAGAACGACAGAUUUGUACCUUGUCAGCUCUGGGAUUUGAACUUGCCACCUUCCGGGUACUACCCCAACGCUCUAACCACUAGGCUACCCUGCCGCCCCAAUAUACCCUUUCCAUUUGAAGGAAGUUGUGUGGCCUAGCGUCCUGUCCAGGGAGUGCAUUUGUACCUCAAGCUGCCUCACGCUCCAGAAACAGGAGACCGAACGGCCAAUAGGACAGGAGCCUGUCUCGAACAGGGCUACUUACUUAUGUGGCCUUCAUAAAGGAGUUGCUUUGAUGUUCUGUAACUGGAUACUUGAAACAUUAUUUGUAACCAAAGAGUAUUCUAGGAUUGUUUACAUGUUGAUCUCAUCUGUGCUGUGUCGGGCAGUGCCCUUUCCCUUGGUGUAAAUCACAUUGGCCCCUUAGUACAAAAUAGACUGGAUGGUCCUUUUGGGUCCUGGGGCCCAUUCAGACUGAGGGAAGAGCAUGGGUGGGGGUAAGGGGUGAUUGGAGUAGAGCGAGAGGCUGCGUUGGGGCCUCUGUGAGGAUUCUAACUGGAGGGGGACUGCGUUGAUCAUAGACUGUUCUAACCCAUCAUAGACUGUUCUAACCCCCUCCCUUCUUACUUUUCCUGAAAUGAUGACGUUGCUUCGUCUUUUUCUCUCGUUCACUAUGCUCGAAAUGUGGCAUCGAGACGCUCCGUUUUUUCUUUUGUUUCUGUUUGAACCCUUUGACAUACAGCCUUGGGCUGGCUACUGGCUCGUAUGGUGGGGCUGGCUACUGGCUCGUAUGGUGGGGCUGGCUACUGGCUCGUAUGGUGGGGCUGGCUACUGGCUCGCAUGGUGGGGCUGGCUACUGGCUCGCAUGGUGGGACUGGCUACUGGCUCGCAUGGUGGGGCUGGCUACUGGCUCGUAUGGUGGGGCUGGCUACUGGCUCGUAUGGUGGGGCUGGCUACUGGCUCGCAUGGUGGGACUGGCUUGCAUGGUGGGGCUGGCUACUGGCUCGCAUGGUGGGACUGGCUUGCAUGGUGGGGCUGGCUACUGGCUCGUAUGGUGGGGCUGGCUACUGGCUCGCAUGGUGGGGCUGGCGGACGUUUUUCAGCAGAGAGGACCAGGCACCACCUCUCCCAGCCCAAUUAUGUGACGACCCUGACUGUGUUUUGAAACGGGCAACCGUGCGGUCCAUACGUAAGCCCUGCCCUCCCUCUUGUAAACAGUGCUUGCCUCGAAUGUCAGGGAUGUCAACCGCCAUCACGAGGGCGCAGGACUUAGAGCUUGCUAUAGUUUUAGUGGGCGUGAAACGCAGAGCCAUGCCGAGGGGGAAGGAGGGAGGGAAGGGGGUGUUUAUGUUCAACGUGAAAGAGGAGCUAGAUCCCCACCAUCCGACUAUGUGCCAUGCCCCCUUCUGGCAACCCGAUAAGGCACUUUAUAACACUUACAUGACACUUAGCUUAUAGGGUGUCACAUAUUAUAACACGUAGAGUGCACAUUUCUUUCAGCUGGACUGAAUUUCUAAGUUUAGCCGCUGCUGUGUUAAGCUAUUGAAUUUUUUUAUUUCAUUAUACUUUUUUUUGAAUAGAUGUGGUACUAAUAUUUUCAUCUCGCUCUUUAAACGGUCAUACCACGUUCUCUUGUUGCUGUGUUGUACAGUAUGGACUGCAGCUACCGCCAAAUGGAGUGCUAUGUUGCUAGUGUAGGAACUAUCUGUUUAGUUUUGCAGUUGUACAUGUGUUGUACAUAUUUUGCAAAUAUGUUUAACAUUAAACAUUAUAUUAAACACCCCAA